AUUAUUAUGGCUCGUCCAUAUCCACAAGAUAAGCAAAAUAACAUCAAACCUUUAUUGGAAUUACGUUAUUCAUACUCUGAAAUCAUGAAAUCUAUUCCAGGUAUCAAAAAGAGUACGAUUUGUGACUAUAAGUGUUAUGAUUAUAGUCAUCUUUACAACUAAGUUAAUAGAAAUAAACCAUCAUCAUUGAUUAGAUAUUAGAGAGGUUAUUCAAAUAAAACUAGUAUAUCGUACUUCACAUGUUGUAGGGUUUAAGA